AUGUCUCAUCUACUGGCCAACGCCGAGAUCCCCACGGGCUGCCGUCCCCCGGCGAUUGUUGAGGGCCGUGAGACAGAUCUAUGGGUAGACGGGCGCAAGGAGGGCUCAAACCGGGGCUCAAGGGACGGAGUGCCUGUUGCAAUCACCAGGGGCAAGGAGAUGGUGGAGACGAACCCUUCUUCUUCAAAUCAACCCAAUCAGCAUGAGGUUGAUGACGAUUCUGUUAGUGGACAUCACCAGAUUGUUGCAACUUCAAGCGCUAACAGGGCUGCCUAUGUUUCAGAAGGUUCCAUUGACCCUAUUCUUGAUCAGAGUCUUUCUAACGGGGCAGCAGUUCAGCCGUUUGAGGGUGUUGAUGUGGAGAUAACUGAUGACGAGUUGGUGUAUGAAGAAGAACAUGACGUUGUUAGCUCCAAACCAAUUGUUCCAUUUGAAGGGAUGGAGUUUGAUACAAUAGAUGAAGCAAGGAGGGUGUACAACGCUUAUGCAUUCAAGAUGGGAUUCAGUAUCAGGAUAGGCUCAUCAAGAAGUAGUCGUGUGACUAAACAAUUGAUAAGGAAGGAGUUUGAAUGUUCGCAUGCAAGGAUUACACCUGGUGAAAAGGAAGAAAGUGCAUCGAGUAAUGCAUCAUCAUCGGCAGCAGCUACAUCCAAGAAGAAGAGUGCAAUAGCGGUAAUGACCACUGCAACAAGGAAACGAAGCACGUUAAAGAAGGCAGAUUGUAAGGCACAUAUGGCUAUGGGUCUACGUAACGGAAGGUGGAGGGUUGUGGUGUUUCAAGCAGAGCAUACACAUCCUUUGGUGAAGAUAAAGGGCAGGGUAAUGCAGCUGCGGUCGCACAGACGAAUAUCAUGGGCAGAUUAUGAGCUAUUGAAGACACUGCACCAUCGAAACAUAUCCACCAUGCAAAUCAUGGCAGUGCUAGGAGACUUCCAUGGAGGCGUGGGAAACCUAACCUUCAACAGUAAGGAUGUCUCCAAUAUGAGGACACACUUGAGGGCAGGACUACGGUACAGAGACAUGGAUGCUGUCCUAGAGUAUAUUCAGAAGUUGCAAGCCGAGAGCCCUAGCUUCUUCUAUGCUAUCAAGCUAGAUGCUGAGAAUGCUGUAAGGGGGUUGUUUUGGGUUGAUGGCAGAUCAAGGGAGUUGUACAAGUGCUUCAGGGAUUGCAUAUUCUUUGACACGACGUUCUGCACUAACCGGUACAACAUGCCCUUUGCACCAAUUGUUGGGAUCAACAAUCAUGCCCAAAGCAUCCUACUAGGUUGUGCUCUGCUUCCGGAUGAGACUACUGAAACAUUUGUGUGGGUGCUUCAAACGCUCAAGGAUGCAAUGGGUGGAAUAGCACCAACCAACAUCAUGACUGACCAGGAUAGGGCCAUGAAAGCUGCAAUAGCACAGAUGAGUUUGACUAUUGCAUCAACUUCAUCGAGUCUCCAGAGGAGUUUGAGACGUUGUGGCAUAACAUAG